GUAACUUCCUCAGGUCAGAGCUCGAGCGGAAAAUUGACGAGGAGUUUUUCUGGACAGAUUCUAAAGUGACGCUUGGAUACAUAAAAAAUGAUGCUCGUCGCUUUCAUGUCUUUGUGGCAAAUCGAGUUCAGAAAAUAAGAGACUCUACUGAUCCAAAGCAAUGGUUUUACAUUGAAUCUGAUCAAAAUCCAGCUGAUCACGCGUCUAGGGGCCUCAAGGUGGCAGAUCUGCUAAGCUCGAAUUGGCUCACUGGACCUAAAUUCCUAUGGGAAAGGGAAAUUGUCACAAACCAACAUUCCCCUGAUCUUCUUGUUGGGGACCCAGAAGUAAAGGUCCUGAAGACAAAUGCCCUUGAAGAAAACAGCUUUCUUGAGAGGUUCUCAAGAUUUUCCAAUUGGGAUACAGCUCUUAACGUUGUGGUAAGAAUUAAAAGACUUGCACGGAGAGAUAAGUCAGGACCCAUUAGUGUAGAAGAAAGACAAAUGGCUGCUUUUGUACUCUUCCAGGCAGCACAGAGGGAAGCCUUUAAAGAAGAGCUCAAAUGGUUCAGUCAAAACUCAGCUGGACUACCAAAAACUCAUAAAAUGUAUCAACUCGAUCCUAUUUUGGUAGACAACUUGCUUAGGGUUGGAGGAAGGUUGAGAAAGUCCUCAGCAUCAUUUGCAUUGAAUCAUCCAGUAAUCCUUCCAAAGGAAGGCAUUGUCACACAACUCGUUCUUGACCACUGUCACAAGAAAACGCAACACCAAGGCCGAGGCCAAACUCUGAACAAACUCAGGGAAAGUGGCUAUUGGAUCAUAGGUGGCAGUAAGGUAGUGGCCAAAUACAUUAAAGGGUGUGUCAAUUGUAGAAAAGUGCGUGGGCCAGCUGAAGAACAACGCAUGGCUGACUUGCCAUUUGACAGAGUGGAUCCUUCGCCCCCAUUCACCUACACUGGAGUUGAUGUUUUCGGCCCCUUCUAUACGAAACAAGGUCGAAGGGAAUGGAAGAGGUAUGGCCUGUUGUUUACGUGUUUAAGCUCGAGAGCCGCACACAUUGAGAUGUUGGAAGAUCUCUCCACUGACGCAUUUAUAAACGCUUUAAGAUGCUUCAUAGCAAUCAGAGGCACAGUCAGACAGAUUCGUUCUGACCAAGGGACAAAUUUUGUCGGAGCUAAGAACGAGUUCAAGAAGGGUCUAUUGGAAUUAGACAAGGAGAUGAUUUCUACUUAUCUAGCUAAAAACCAGUGUGACUUUCAAAUGAAUGUUCCUGAAGCUAGUCACAGAGGAGGCGUUUGGGAACGACAGGUUCGCACUGUUAGGAAUGUCAUGAGUUCUGUCCUAGCCCAAGCUACAGGAAGGUUAGAUGACACCUCAUUGAGAACUUUCUUCUACGAGGCCAUGUCAAUUUUGAACCAUCGUCCACUCACUACUGAUACGAUCAACGACCCCAACAGUGCUGAGCCUUUGACGCCUAAUCAUUUGCUCACAAUGAAAGAGUCUGUGCCACUUCCGCCUCCUGGUAGAUUUGUAAGAGAAGAUUUGUACGCCAGGAAGAGGUGGCGGAGGGUGCAAUAUUUAACAGAGUUGUUCUGGAGCAGGUGGCGCAAGGAAUACCUAACCAGCAUUAGUUUAAGACAACGAUGGCAUUCUCCUAAACAAAAUGUACAGGUUGGAGAUGUAGUGAUUUUAAAGGAGGACAAUAUUCCAAGAAAUGAGUGGAAAUUGGGAAGGGUGGUUGAAGCCAAUGAAGAUGAUGAUGGUUUAGUGCGGAAGGUUAAGAUCCAAAUAGGGCAAAAGGAGCUGGGAAAGAAAGGUGAACGUUUGAAACAAGUCUCUUUUCUUGAAAGACCAGUUCAGAAACUAGUGGUACUAGUUAAAGGGUCUAAACUACAGUGAAGUAGUACAAGGGUUAAGAACACAAGCACAAUAUGUGAUCUAUAAGUUUAUUUAAGAAGUGAUUUUUUGUAACAUAAGUUGAUGUUUGAUCGUCAAAAUAUUAAAAAUUACAGGAUUUAAUUUUGUUUAACUCAUGUAAAUAGAAAUCCUUUGUAAUUUUGGUGGCAGUGUAGCUGUCGCAUUGAAAUGUAAUUAUUAUGUGAUUGCAAUGUUCAAAAGUUUGGUGUUUAAUCUGUAUUUGUGUUGUGUUGUCGCCACCUACUGGUGGACCUGAGUGUGGCGCUUUGUGGUGCGCAUGCUUUGGGGUGAUGCUCAAUUAAGCGCACACGUCACCAGAGACUGAAGGCUCGAGCCAGAAAGAGAACGCUGGCUUGUGCAAAGGUGGAAAUAUAGAAGAUAUGGACUACAAUUGCUCAUUGAAUGUUCAGUAGAAAGGCGCACACGUUUUUCACGGUGUUUGCUGGUGAAAAGAAGAUUAAAAUACUGGCUAAACAUCAGUUGGAGCAUGGCCCUUUAUUCUACUUCGAACAUGAAAAACCUUCAGGAGCA